AUGGUUGCCCUAAUUUCCAAGAAGAGAAAGCUUGUAGCUGACGGUGUCUUCUACGCCGAAUUGAACGAAUUCUUCACCAGAGAAUUGGCCGAAGAAGGUUACUCAGGUGUCGAAGUCCGUGUCACUCCAACCAAGACCGAAGUCAUCAUCAGAGCCACCAGAACUCAAGACGUCUUGGGUGAAAACGGUAGAAGAAUCAACGAAUUGACUUUGUUGGUCCAAAAGAGAUUCAAGUACGCUCCAGGUACCAUCGUCUUGUACGCUGAAAGAGUUCAAGACCGUGGUUUGUCCGCCAUUGCCCAAGCUGAAUCCAUGAAAUUCAAGUUGUUGAACGGUUUGGCUAUCAGAAGAGCCGCCUACGGUGUCGUCAGAUACGUCAUGGAAUCCGGUGCUAAGGGUUGUGAAGUCGUCGUCUCCGGUAAGUUAAGAGCUGCUAGAGCCAAGGCUAUGAAGUUCUCUGAUGGGUUCUUGAUCCACUCCGGUCAACCUGUCAACGAUUUCAUCGACACCGCCACUAGACACGUCUUGAUGAGACAAGGUGUCUUGGGUAUUAAGGUUAAGAUUAUGAGAGACCCUGCUACCGCUAAGACUGGUCCAAGAGCUUUGCCAGAUGCUGUCACCAUUGUUGAACCAAAGGAUGAAGAACCUGUCUUGGCCCCAUCCGUCAAGGACUACAGACCAGCUGUCACUGAAGCCGCUGCUGAAGCCACUGAAGAAGUUGAAGCUUCUGCUUAA